AUGAUGGUGGAGAGUGGAAAUAGAUUCUUUUUUACAACCCUCAGGGACUGUUUCGUAUUCUUUGAUUGGUUGUAUACUGAACCUGAGGGGAGGAAAACGCACGAGGACGUGGCCAAGAAACUUUAUGGGCUUCUUAAAGAUUAUUACGAUGGUAGUGAACUUACGGAAGGUAAAAUUCAAUCCAAUUUGACCAACUUCCUCUCCAAAGUAGACACCUUUUAUAAAAAAUUGGUGGCUCAACACGUUCCUCAAGAAGCACUUGGAACAGCCGCCUCGAUUAAAAAGGAUGCCACACCGGAAGAAAUUGUCAACGCUCUCCUGGAGUGUCUUCCCAAAUUUCUUGCUGCAAUUUACUAUCUUUGGUAUUGCGUGUCUCACACGUUCGAGUCACUUGGCGGAGGUGGGUGGAAGGAUGACUGUCCCGGUUGGGAGAAGGGGCGGUGGUACGGGUUGAGAAACAAUUGGGGCGGUGAUCUUCAAGCAUAUCUCAGAUCCAGUGACACUAACGAGUACCGGGUCAUACCCGGCAGCUUCAAUAAAGAUGAGGUGAGAGAUGGUUGGUCAUACAAUGGUUACAGCCGUGGUUAUUCUAUGGUAACUAGCCUAAAAAACAUUUUCGGAAAAAGAGAUGAUGCGGAGGAAAAUGUUUUCCGUGACGUAUUUGCCACCUCUGUUCUGGCCGCCACUUCUGGCACCCAAAUUUCUAACACUGCGAACGCCCUCGCAUUGGUGAACGUGUUUUGCGAGAUUGUGGUUGAGGCAGAUAAAAACGUAAAUCGUGAGAAGUUUAAAACCCAUGUACAAUCAAAAGGCGGAUGUAUACAUUGGGAUUUUUUAAAAGAUCAUUGCUCCACACUGAAAUCCCAACUUGGCAAGUUGUUCAAUGAGAAAGCCUUUUCCUUCACCGGCUAUGGGGGGAAGCGUCAAUACUUUCAAACGACGGCUUUCGUGCGGAGGACAGCGCAAUGGUUGAGAGAGAAUUUGGAUGAGGUGCGGAAGAAUCUGGAGAAGAUUCAGCAGUUUGAAAGUGAACAUGAUGGCAACGCAAAUGAAUUCGCCAGGCUGAGCAAACAUCACGACAUGCUCCAGGCAUAUUACGCCGAGCUCGGUCCACAUUUCACUAAAAAUCUUUUCCCCUACGGUUUCACUUUCUACGGGGGAAAAGAACACAUUAAGACAAACGCCCCGUAUGAGCUUUUGAGAGCGGAGUGGGAUAGUAUAAUAUUUGAUCUUAGGAGAGCAAAUGGCGGCUUGGCGGAGUUAAAAAGAAUUCUGGAUGGUAAGGGGUGUGCAGCGCCCCCUCCAAAACCCCGACCUAGGCCGGCGCCUGCGCCCAGGCCUCCGAGGCCUGCCAGACCUGUGCCACCACCACCAGGGACCUCCAGAACUACGGGUGGAAGGACAACCGGUCCAAGGCUUCUUGGAGAUUGGUCGUAUGUUGGGAGUCGGGCUUCUGGUGUUGGAGGAGGAAACGCAGGAGGGAGGGGGACUAACCAUAGAGGAGGGGGAUCGGGGGCUUCAAGAGGUAGCGGAGGGGCACCUGGGGCCCCAAGAAAUGGAAUACACCACUCAGGGUCUCGAGGUGCUAAGAGCGCACAGAGAGGCAGACAUCCAGGGCGUACGAUGUCUACUAAGCCCCAACGCGCACAAUCUCAAAAUGAUUCCCAGCGUCAUUCACAACAACAUCCUCCACCUGCUGCCUCCAGUGCGUCUAGAAUUUCCAGUCCACCGGCUGCAACACUUCCGACUCCAGCACGCAUUGUAUCUCAACCCCCUGCGCAUGGUCACUCAAGUGCGUCCAGCUCCAGCUCUUCGUCAUCUAGUGUCAAUGGUACCGGUGGACAGGAACGGGGUCCACAGGUGCCUGCUUCUGGACAUGUUCAACAAAAUGUUCAAACAUCCAUGGGCAGCACGGUGACCCUUCCUCAUGCAUCGCCUGUCCUGGAACCUGGUAAACAGUGUGGUGCCUCGCAAGACAGUAUGCAACCUAGGUCUUCGGAUCCUUUGAAUUCAGCCUCCAGGUAUUCUGGUGGCGUAACGUCUACUCAACAUUCUCCAAAGGGUACUUCAACCCCAGGGGAAAAUACAGACGCCCGUAUGGGGAUCGUUGUCCAGCCAUCCCAUAUCCUGCCUUCUAGUCCAGGCGCUGGUGAACGUGUAGGACCGGGUGGGGCGCCGAGCACCGGUGGGAGUUUGACUGUGGAUUCAACGGACGGUGUUUUGACAGCUUCAGAACCUGUUGCCUCUCUAAGCGUUAUUACUGCUCACGAUCAGAGUGCUCCACGUCAAGACUCUCUGUCGCAUGGUGCCGGUGAUCCAGGCCAUGGAGGGUCUUCAAUGCCACAUGCUGGGUCAAGCCACGAUGGAGCCCCGGGGGCCGUUGGUACGCUAGUUGACCAGGUUCCGGAUUCAGACGGCAAGCUUUCUUCGGGAAUACGUCCCGCUGUCUCUUCAAAAACUGCGCACACUCAGACUUCAAUUGUUCAAACCCCAGAUUCCCUGCCACCGGUUGUCCCUCCUCCCGGUGGUGGCCAAGGCCUAGAUGGACAGGCGCCUUCUUCUAACCUUACUCAACAGCAUCCUCAAGGCUCGCAACAGAAUUUAACCUCGGGUGAAACUAUAACAGCCGCUACAAAUCGUGCCGGUCCAGGUGGCGAUGAGGCCAGUGGAGGGGGUGGGGGCUCUGCACGUGGUACGGAUGGCGAUUCCCAGGUCGGCUCUCAUUCUGGUCAACCCUCUAACACCUCUCAACAUUCUGUGCAACAUCAUACUUCAAGCCAUUCACCCCGAGAUUCUGCAUCUGAUAUCGCUGAUUCACCGGGUGAUAGGGGCCUUGCUCUCCAAUCGCCUCCUCUGAUAAAUCCUCAGGGUGACACGGGGGAUGCAAGCGGUCAUAGCCCGGCAUCCAUUCCACAGGCUCCUAUCUCAGACCCUCUCAGUGAUCCUGAUAAUGCAGUUACAAGAGGUCAACAAAUUGUUCCAACUCGGGAUAAUGGACCUCUAGGUCAGCCAGGCCCGACGCUUUCUGUUCCUCCCCCUCCGCCUUCCGCUCCUCCCCCAAGCAUAGCUGCAGACCCUUCAACGCCGCCUAGCACUCCACAUGGGUCCAUGGGCGCCCAAGGUGUUCAUGGUCAACAAGCUAUGCAGACUCCGGAUCCUAAUUUGAUUGGAGACACGGACCAUACAGAACCUCUGAAUCAACAGGUAACCUCCAGCUCCGUUGACUUACAUGAUCCCCCUGGUAAGUCAAGAAGCGGGUCUCCGCAUUUAACUCCUGGUACGCCUACAAUUUCACAGCAUGAUGCUGUUCACGGCGCUGUUCUUAUUCAGCCUUCAAGUGUCUCAGGUCCACAGCCUUCCUCAAUUGCUGCCUCUCCUGCCGGUGGUGGUCAGGACCCGGAUGACGAGGCGUCUCUUUUGGAUCCUAAUCUGCCAGAUGCUACACUAUCCAUGGCCAUCCCAGGAGCCCUGCCCAUGACCUUCCCAGUUCUGCAACCUGGUCAAGAGAGCGGUGGAGCUGCAGGGAGUGGGAGUCCAGGGGUGACAAUCGGUGGCCCUAAUUCGCUUAACGGACAGACGUUUAAUAACAAUUUAGGGUCUUCUGGCGCAUCUAUGAAUUCAGGCAGCGAUGCGUCGCAUCAAAUACCACCUCAGACGCCAAUGCUGGACCCGAAUCAGUUUCAACUUGAGAUUGAGAAGCUUUACACUCCGGAUAUGAUUUACGGCGCUGACACGUUUCAAGGGGAACCACUGUCUGCUGUAGGACAUAAGAGGGUUGUCUCACUGUCCGACACCUAUUCUAAUAUCCCUACGCAAGCGCCGUUUCGUGAAAAAUUCCAUCCAAAAUUUACCACACUCGAAUUCGAGGACAAGUGCGUUCCUCCUUGGAUCGCCAAGAGACAUAACGACAAUCUGCAUGAAUUCCCCGAGACGGAGUUGUUCCCCUCCGAGUCGCCGCAUACAGUCAGGGAGAUGCUUAUUUGGAUGGUCGGACUUCAGAACCCGAAGCAUCAUGUGGCCAUGGAGAAGUGUAUUAAAAAGGCAUUCGACAGCAUGCCUGACGCUACACUCGGAGAGGUUAAGCUCUCUGUCAACGGUGCUGAAAUCACAGCCAAACAGGUACUUGACGCCUUAAAACCUACCGCCAUGUUUUCAAGUUCCGUGCUAUCCACCAUUGAACCUAACUGGAAGGGUAACAUCACAUUAUCGGCAACAUUAAAACCUAAGGUCUCUGACCAAUCUCAGGACCCCGACCCCGCCUGCCUCCUCUGCCAGCUGCGGGAUUACGCCUACGCCUGCUGCCACCAGUUGGCGUUCCUAAAGUCGCAGUGUUCUCGGGAUCAACUCAAUGGUGGGUGGCAGGAUUGUUAUUAUGGCCGUGAUGUAUCAUCUCCCAAGUCCCCCCUCCAGGCUUUCCUGACUGACGCCUCCGCCUCCAAGUUCGAGACUUACCCCUUCGACCCGUGCAACAUCUGCCUCAAGAGCCGUGUCAACAUGGGAUUCAACACAGAGGAUUUGUCUGCAUCUCAGCAAACUGGCAAUACACUCCACACCAUCCUCUCUCCCAUCUGUGGCGGUAAUGACCCCCUGCUGACACUGUCCUCUUACCUCACCUGCCUCACCAGGCGGACGCCGCGCACUACCGGGGAGAUUGUUUCCUUCUUCCACAAUUUCGGGAAUUCGCUGUACUUACCAUCUUCACAGAUGUCUCCACUGGGCUCCGCCCUCUCCGAGCCACAUCGACACUGCCCCGACUGGGACAUCCUUGCUGCCGACGACCUCAAUGCCCUCCAGGACCUCCGAGGCUCCGCCCCUCCAAGCUCCAUCCACCACGACAAGGACAAUGAUCAUCCCAGUACCCUGUCCACACUGCUUGGCUGCGGCAUCGAUAAUUUCAAGUGCCGACAACUCAUGAAGCCCAUAACCUACCGGGCCUACGCCCUACUGUGGGAGUCACUGAAGAGGCUGCAGAAGGAGAUGAAGAACCUUCAAUGUCACGACUCCAAAGCCCUCCACCAGUGUGCCAAUGCUCUGCCACUCCUCUACCUACACGGGUUCACGCCGCCAGAAAGCACAUUAAAGCCCUCACUCAAGUGUUCGGAGCUCAUCGCCAAGCUGGAGGAAGUGGCCAACGGAAAGCCUAUCGCAAGGCUCAUGACCGCCAUGGGCAAUUUCCUCAUCGGCAUCUGUGCCCCCUUCCUCUUCGCCAUCGUCGCGCUCUGGCUCAUCGCCACGCUGUACAUCGCCCACUCACUCCUCUACCGCAUGGACGUGCUCCGCAUCCGCUCCCACCUCAUGCGCUCCAAGGCCUCCCACCUCAUCGACGUCAAGUCCUUACUCACUCACGGAAGGAAGAUGCUCUCACUCUACAAAGACGUCGAUUACUUCGACGAUGAACCUGUUGACCAAUUUGAUGUUACACAAUAA